AGCAAGUUUCAGGAAUAACUUUUCAUCCCAUUAAAGAGAGCACAGCAGUGGCUCCUUCCAGUGGAAUGCAAAUGUGAUGCAAAACGCCGAACAACAAGAGAAUAAAUGUGCAGAGAGAGGGACUAGGGCAGUGAAAUUAGAAACCCCAGCAGAGAAGAACAAGGCAGGACAGUCCAAGAGGCAACUAAUUCCCUUUUGUACAGUCUGGGGCAGAGAAUACAACACCGGCGUAUCUUAUCAAGGAUCUGUAAACUUCUCCGGGACUUGGAAUAACCAUGGCUGAGCGGUGCAGAUCAUGCUCUGCAUUCAUCCCAUUGCUCUUUACAUCAUUGCUUUUCUUUUGUGAUGCCCAGAGCACUCCUGGACAAGGUGGCAGCCCUUCUUGCUAUGGAGGUUUUGACCUGUACUUUGUAUUGGACAAAUCUGGCAGCGUUCUACACCACUGGAAUGAAAUCUAUUACUUUGUUGAACAUCUGGCUCAGAGAUUCAUUGGUCCACAGCUUAGAAUGUCUUUUAUUGUCUUCUCAACAAGAGGAUCAACAUUAAUGAGGCUGACAGAAGACAGAGAGCAUAUCAGACAGGGCCUAGAGGAGCUGCGCAAAGUUCUUCCCGGAGGAGACACUUACAUGCAUGAGGGCAUCGAGAGGGCAAGCGAACAGAUUUAUCACGAGAGCAUCAAAGGUUACAGGACAGCAAGUGUUAUCAUAGCACUGACUGAUGGCGAGCUGCAUGAAGAUCUCUUCUAUUAUGCUGAACGAGAGGCCAACAGGUCCCGUGAAUUGGGAGCCCAAGUUUACUGCGUAGGUGUUAAAGAUUUCAAUGAGACGCAGCUGGCACGAAUUGCUGAUAGCAAAGAUCACGUCUUCCCAGUGAAUGGAGGCUUUGAAGCCCUUCAAGAUAUCAUUGGCUCUAUCCUUAAGAUGUCCUGCAUCGAAAUUCUAGCUGCAGAGCCUUCCAGCAUAUGUGCAGGAGAAACUUUUCAAGUUGUAGUGAGGGGGAAUGGCUUCCGAUACGCCAGGAAUGUGGAUCGAGUGUUGUGCAGCUUCAAGAUCAAUGAGACUUCACCUCACAACAAGAAGCCUUUGGUGGUGGAGGACACAUAUCUCCUUUGCCCUGCCCCAGUGCUGGAUGAAGCUGGCAUGGAAGCUGCCCUGCAAGUCAGUAUGAACGAUGGUCUCAACUUCAUCUCCAGCUCUGUCAUCAUAACCAGCACUCACUGCGCAGAUGGGACAAUCCUGGCAAUAGCUCUGCUUAUCCUCUUUCUCCUGCUUCUUCUUGCCCUGAUGUGGUGGUUUUGGCCCUUGUGCUGCACUGUAGUUAUAAUGGCCCCUCCUCCACCCCUAGAGGAAGAUAGCGAGGAAGAAGAGGAUGAUGGUCUACCCAAGAAGAAAUGGCCCACUGUUGAUGCCUCCUACUAUGGGGGAAGAGGAGUUGGAGGUAUUAAGAGAAUGGAGGUUCGUUGGGGGGAGAGAGGUUCAACAGAAGAGGGAGCUAAGCUGGAGAAAGCAAAAAAUGCCAAGGUGAAGAUGCCAGAGCAAGAAUUUGAGUUUCCAUCACCAAUGAUUCUAAACAACAAUCUGCCAAAAUCAAGCUCUGCUCGAAAGUGGUACUCUCCAAUUAAGGGAAAACUGGAUGCAUUGUGGGUCUUGUUACGGAAAGGAUACAGUCGAGUAUCUAUAAUGCGCCCUCAGCCUGGAGACAAGGGUCGAUGCAUAAAUUUUACCAGAGAAAGCAAGCCCAUGCCUCCAAGAUACCCGCUAAACAAUGCACCACUUAUAUCAGCUCCCUGCAGCCCUAUCUACUCACCUUCCCAGAGCCCCAUCUAUACACCUCCACCAGUUAACAUUCCUCCUCAGCCCUUAAGCUCUCCACCUCCUACUCCUUCACCAACAAGCUCUCUUCCACCUUCCCCACUAGGACCACCUCCAAACAGAGCACCGCCCCCUAGUAGGCCCCCACCUCGUCCUUCCCUCUAGGAUGCUUGUUGCAGCCUUUCAUCCCCAGUAGUGCUGUGGAUGAUAGAAAUGUCAGUUUUGUCUACUGCACAUGUAGUUCUGCAGUUUUAUGAAAGAGCUAUUGACCAAAACCACUUUCCUAACUCUAUCUCCUCCAUUGAGACUGUAAAAGACUAAGCUGUGGAUUUAGCAUUAAAACCUCAAACUUCCCAUAUCCACAUGCUGCUUUAUAGGUAUAUCUUGGUAUCUGGUCAGCUGUGGAGUCAACUCAUAGUUCUAGUUGACCACUAACACUGCAAACCUAGAGCUUAAGUUUGUCAUGAUAUGAUCUGGAGCAAGCAUGGAACUAGGAGCAUGUGUCCAAAAACCCAAAAUGGAAACGUAAGAAAUAGGACAAUGGCCUGUUGAACCUUUGUUUCGCUCUAGUUUUAGAGUUUGGUCACUCAAAACUAGGAAAGUCAUGAAUCUAAGACACAAAUUGGACAAUUGGCCAUGUGCAAACUUUGAUGAUGUCCUCGGUUGAGCUCUAUCUUCAAGGGAAUAAUUAUUCUUGAAUGAAAAUAACCAAGUCCAAACACCUCCAACAAAUGAAGAAGUACAAAGAAAGAAGUGAUGCUGGACUUGACUCAUCAUCAAUGUUUAAUCAGAAAAACCAAAAAGGGAGGCUCCAAGAAUCAUGCCUAUAAGGUAUCAUUUAAAAGGGAUAUUGAUGAUACUAUUGAAAAUGGAAUGAGACGAUAUGGAACCUGGCAAUUUUAAACAGCAGAAGGCUGGACCUUUGCUUCAAAACUACUCUUGCAGAAACACAAUGUAUUGGCUAAGCUUCACAAUGCUUUGCAGAACGCUCAAAAAGGAAAAUCAGAUCUUGGUACAACCAAUAUCCAUGUAUGCCUUUGCAAUGAGGAUCACAGAGACUUUACAAUGGCAACUCCUAAAAAUCACCAAAAUAAUUUACCACAGUUGGAUUGUCAAAGGUGAUCUAUCCAGGGGUAACAUUUACAUAUCAUAGUCUGUUUAGCGAGGAACUGGCUGGUAUGAAUUAAGAAGAUUAAUGACUUGAUUUUUUUUUUUUUUUUUUUUUUGUUCUUUAUCCAUUAAUUACUUGAUUGCCUUUUACUCACAACCAGGGAAAGCAGUCUUGCUGACAAACUCUGAUUAAAUGCAAUUGAAAACAA